AUGAAGACACUUUUAAUCGGGCAGACGCAGAGUCCAAGCAGGUACAAGGAAUACGCUGAAUACCUCAAGAGAGGCCAGGCAGACGGCAGCGUAUACGCGAGAGAGAGCGUGGACGAGCUGAUAGAGAAAUUUAUCGAAGUCCUAGACGACAACUACCACAUUCGAGAGACGUACAAGAGGAGAAGCACGUACCAGGAAGGCGACAGAAUCAGCGCAAGGAUUCUCGAGGGCAGUAAGGCACACGCACCCAGCGAGAGCACAAGAGCAGGAGAGGGGAUGUGCGUGCUGGAAAUAGAAAGUGACAAUACCAGCAGAAGUGAAAGGGAUAGCAGCAAUACUAACAGCAAUAGUAGAAGUAGUGAGUUUACUAAUAGUGAGCUUACUAGUAAGUCUGGUAAUAACAAUACCAGAAGUACCAGUAACAAUAGUAGUAACAAUAGUAGUAAUAGUGAGCUUAUAUCUAGUGAGCUUACUAGUAAGUCUGGUAAUAACAAUACUAGAAGUACCAGUAACAAUAGUAGAAGUAGUGAGUUUACUAAUAGUGAGCUUAUAUCUAGUGAGUUUACUAGUAAGUCUGGUAAUAACAAUAGUAAUAGUAGAAGUAGUAAUGAAUUUAUAUCUAGUGGAUUUACUGGUAAUACUGGUAAUACUGAUACUAGUAGUGAGUUUACUGCUAGUGGAUUUACUACUAUUACCAGUAAAUCCAGUGAAUCUAUUACUGCUAGGUCUAAUGGGGUUACUAGUGGAGUUAUAGGUGGAUCUAUUUCUCCUGCUAUUACUGCUGACGAGUCUAUUCCUUCUAGUGGGGAUGUGGAGGGAGUGUCCAGAGCGUGCUUCCACGGGAACAAUGCCCUUGUUACGCCUGUUCCUUCGCCUCUGACGGGGAAACAGGCCAUUCUAAAGAUGAAGGAGGAGAUCUCUGAACUCUCUGCGUAUGCGAUUUCUCUGCUUCUUAUCGGGGCAAAAAUAGAGGAUUUGCUAGAGACUUUCCCAGAGGAAAAUAAAUAA